AUGGCUGCUGUGGUUAGCCAUGCGAUGCGACGGUUCCCAACGACACCACCGGAUACGUCGUAUUCGUCUUAUGCAUUUCGGGGGGAGAGCAGUAGAGUAGACGGAGAGAGCGCCCUCUCACGUUCAAUGCGUUACGCAGAUCCGUGGUUAUAUGGUAGCAUACGUGCACCGGGAGGAUUUUUUCUAACACCUGCCUUUGUGCUAUGUGCAUGCCCGGACUACAUUAACGGUACAAAGAAGUCAAGCAAGAAAUCCCCAUCACAAUGCAAGAAAUGCAAAGGAGCGAGACUUCCAUUGUCAUCCGUGGAAGCCUCGAAAUAUGGAACCGUCAGAUAUUAUCCCUCGGAAACUGUCCCUACAUCAUCCACUCCGGUUCGAGGUGGUACCGUAAGAGUAACUUCUUCUAAACGGCCAUCAAUCCUGCCAUCGCCCGGUGAUCCGUACGAUUUAGUUAGAAAAUCCAGGUUGUCAGUAUCGGAAAAUACGAAUCCUUUCAGAGCACGAUCAGUUUCUCCCAGCAAAACCACCGAUGGGGAUAACAAAAAGCGGCAUGGAAAAUCAAAAGCUGAAAAACGAAUCGAGUCAUAUAAUCUGACCAUCGGCCGCAGGUCCAUCUUGGAAUGUGACAUAAAUCCUUACGAACUUGUUUCAUCCGAAGCCUUUGGUCCUAAAGAAAAAGAAUCACCAGCGGUAACUUUGGUUAAUGGUCAGAGAAUACGAAUUCGGCCAUCUGUUUCUGAUAGUGAAUACGAGGAUGUACAACUUAGGCUAUCCACCCCUACAACGAAACCUUCUGCAAAAUCUUCGAAGCUGUCCUUAAAGAACAUUGUUAAAUCCAGCUCACCUAUUUUAAGGGAUAAGAAAAUAUUAAAUGGAGGAGACACACCGAAACCAAGAUCGAAAAGCGAUUCAAUUACAUUAAUAAAUAAAGAUAGGGAACUCCAACAAAAGUUUAAAUCCAUUUUAAAGAAAUCGUCGGAGCGAAGUCCAUCACCAAUCGAACGAAGUGGGUCAUUGUUCUAUAUCCCUCUACCCAACUCAAAGAAAAAGGUGCAAUUUCUGGUCAAUAAUGACUCCAGUUACGAUGAAAAUAGCGAAGAAAUGAUUGAAAAUAGUUAUGAAAGUGAUGACGAUAAUGUUUUCGAAGAAGUGAAACCAGUGGUGGAGAUAAAGUUAGCCAAACCCGUAGAGCCGACAGAAACUUUAAAUGUUUCCACACCGAGAAAACCAGUGAGUUUGUACCGAAGUCUAAGCGAUCGAAUGAAAAAAGUAGAGUCGAAAAACCUUUUCCAUGAUACCAUGGCUAUAAGACAUCUGAAACAACGAGUAGGUUUGAAAAUAGAUUUCUCAGACCUCGAAAGAUUAGAUGGAAUAAAUCAAAAAAUUAAAAAACUUUGCUUAAAAUCUAAUACUGCUCGCAAGGAAAAUAUAAAUACAGUCUCCGAUUCAGACAAUUUAUUAUUUGAGAGAAAUGAAGAUUUGUCAUUAACUAACCUUAACAAUCUGAUACAACAAGAGCCAAUAGAAAUAAAUUCAACAACUGAUACGGAAACUGAGAAUGCUGAAACUGACAACACAUCUGCAAGUUCUUUAACUUCAUUUUCAUCAGAUUUGGUCGAUAAUACAAAUAAAAUUAUGGAAGCAACAUUAGAAACAGAGGAUACUUUAGAAAAACUCGAUGAGAAAAUUGCUUUAGCUAAAUUAGAUAUGUGUAUUAAUGAAGCAAAAGUUGAAAUAAUUGUACCAAAAGAUGAUGUACCACCAAUAGUUCCACCUAGAAAAAGAAGUAGCAAUAAACAACCUCCUAUAAGCAAUUCAAUUAAAAUUGAAGAAGUUAAUACUGAGAUCACAAAUAAAACAGUUGUUAAAAUAACUACCCCACCAGCUAUCCACAAAAUUCAAAUAAAAAAUGAUUUUUCGGACGCAUUAAAUAAUACCUCAUACAAUAUUUUGGAAAAUGCCCAAAGAAAAACAUCAAUAAUGAUAAACGGUGAUGACUGUUAUUCAACGGUUAAUGUAAAUGAUAACAUUCCCUUAUAUCAGUCGUCAGUGGUGGUCAAAGAUUCAGUAGGAAUAAUUCCUAUAUUCGAGAAACCUGAAAAACAAUGUAGUACGAUUUAUAUCACAGGAUCUUUUGUUCCAUGUGAAAAAGAACCCGAAAAAGUAGAAGAAAAAGCAGAUACCAAAGAAACUGAAAUUGAAAAACCUGCUGAAAAAGACUCAGAUGUGCUAAGAGAGCUCCUGAAGGACCCCGUUGAGGCAGUAAGGCGUAACUUGGUCCCACAUGUCUGUGGUAAAUCAGACGUGCCUAGGCGACAGCGCGACAAGAAGUUCCUAAAUGUUAAAAUACCCAAUUUAACAUCUAAUUUGUUACCAGAAACAACGUACGAAGAUGUAUUUAUAAGGCCAAAGCCCUAUGAAUCGAUAUGCGAUGACUUGUCAUCUGAACACAGUUCCUCUACUCAAUACGAGUUAAUUGAUCCAGGAUCAGAUUGCUAUACUGAUCAUAGCAAUCGUAGCUCGGUUACUGAGGAAGAGUUAGCUAAUCGUACGAAAUUUUACGAACUACUGGCAGAUUCGGGAAUCAUCGAGGUAACUGAGAAUGACGAUCAUAUCUACGAAUCUAUUAAAGUUAACAAUGAUCCAAUCUACGAAGAUAUUGAGAUACCGCCACCUCUACCCAGCGUUCCUCCUCCAGCAACCAUAAUGGAUGAUAUUAAUUUAGACAAAGAAUUUACUACUAGGUCCAUAUUUGAGGGAGCCUCCAAAUAUGACAUUCUUAGCUACCUUGUAGAUGCAAAGGAAAGAGGUUUAGUUCAAGAAGAUGGCUAUACUUACUUUCCAACAAAUGGUACCACUGAAGACGAUAUUCCUAUCUCACAGAUGAGUGCGGUUAGUGAUUCAAGUGAGGAUAACUCGCUUAUAUUGGCUGGAACUCUCAUAGAUGAAAAGUUAACGACCCAAAAGGGAGCAGAGGUUGAAAGAAAUGAUUCCGGUGUUGGUUCGGAGACCAGCAAGAGUUCACUUAGUAAAUAUAGAUCCAAACAAGAGAUAUUUGCGUUGUGCGAAGACUGUGAGGCUUCACUAGAAGGAGCUAACGGGAAUGUUGCUCUGUUGUGUAGAAAAUGUGUGAAAAAACGGUCAGAAAGGAAAGAAAUAAUUACUGAAAUAGUCGAAACAGAAGAAAAAUACAGUAAAGAUUUGCAAAUUAUAUUAGAAGAAUUUUAUCAGCCAAUGUUAGUAGCAGGCCUAUUAACACCGGAUCAGUUGUCUGCUAUAUUUUUAAAUGUGGAAGAACUUUUAGAAAACAGCCAAGCACUAGCCGAACGGUUGCGAGAUGGUGUUGAAAUCGCUUUGGAACAAGGUGAUGAGGACCUUCUAACGGUUAAUAUGGGUAAACUCUUUCUGGAAGCAAUGCCGAUGUUACACGCCUUCGAAACUUACUGUGUUCGACAAGGAUCAGCUAGUUUACUGUUAGCAAGCCUUGAAAAAGAAAAAGAGCUCCUAAGAAUAUUUCUAAGAGUAUCUCAGAUGGAAAAUACAAUGUUAAGAAGAAUGAACCUUAACUCAUUUCUUAUGGUACCUGUUCAAAGGGUUACAAAGUAUCCAUUGUUACUGGCUAGAUUAUACAAAGUAACACCAUCUCAUUAUGACAACAAGGAGGAACUAAAAGAAGCCCAGCAUAAGAUUGAGCUUCAUUUAAACCAUAUGAAUUCACAAACAAAAGACGUACCAAGUAAGUUGUGGAGAAGAAUUGGCAGUAGUUCCGGCAGAAGGUCAAGUUCGGAAAUGGAUUUAGUUAAUAUCAAGUUAAGAAAAAUAGCUGUGGAUGUGUUGGAAUGGAAUCAUGAAGAAGCCAAGUUUGCCUUAGAAGGAAAACUUUUGUUUACGCAACCCACGGAUAAUAAUUGGAGAAAGGGAAGGACUAUAAAAUUAACUCCUAUCAAUGCAAUGCUGGUCAUAAAUGGAAAGCCUUCGCCAAAUAAAAAUAGUGACAGAUCAGAAGAGAAUGGUGGUCUAUUUUUCUCCAAAACCGGCGUAAGAGAAGCAGCUUUACUACUAGUUCGUGAUAAGAAUGGCCGAUAUUCAUUGCUAAGAGAUCCACUUUACCUAGAUCGAUGUGUUAUAGCAGCAGAUCCCGCUUGGCAAAGUUACUUCGAAGUGCAGGAACUUUUAGGGAAGGAUACGUUCAUAUUUAAGGCUGAAGACGAAGAACAAACAAGCAUGUGGUAUAAACAAUUACAACACCAUGCACAGGGAAUGGGAGCUUGGAGAAAACGAAGAAACGCUUUGGCAAAUAUCAUGAUCAAUGGAAUGGGCCUGCGUUCUUAA